AUGAUGCUCAAAAGUAUUAAGAAAGAUAAACCCGCCGACAAGUUUGUUGAUGAAGUAUUUUCUGAAUUCAAAGUUGAAAAUGUUGAAAAAUACGUUUCAAAAUCUUCAGACAUUAAGGAGAAUCUCGAGAAAAAAGGGGUGAAAUUAACUCCAGCAAUAAUGUCCCUUGCUCUUUGUGCUGGUCCGGAUGGGUUUAUGAGGUUCUAUGAGAAAUCAAAGACCUUUAAGAUUUGGAGUGCUCUGUUGGACCAAAACUCUCCUAUUAACUCGUUAAGGAUUGUCCAUAUUGGAGAACGUGCAAUGACCACACUUUACAACACUCGUGAGGAAGUGGCUCAAGAGUACAAUGAACUUUUGGCCAAACAUUAUCAAUCCUUAUUGAUGGAACAUAAGGAUGAGGGCAAACCAAAGACCAAAUCAUCAAAAAAAAAGCAAUGCCUUCGAAAUCCUCCACUCCUCAACCAUCCAACAACAGCAAGUGUAGAGAAUGCUGCAAAAUUGAAUUUGGAUGCGGAAGAAAUUGAAAUUAAUUUCAUUAAGAAACACAAAGAAAACGGAAAUGUUGAAAUUUAUGAAGCGACUAUUUCGUCAUUUAGCAAUGAUGAGAAAUUGUUGACAAAAAUGUUACAAUUAGAACGACAAAUUAUGUUCUACAAGGAAUGUUUUAAAAACACAGUCAUCAGUAGAGUUGGAUUGGUCUCACCUUCCAAUUCGAACCUUGAACGGGUGGAGAAAAUCAUUGAACAACAUAAUGGCCUCUUUGUCAACAUUCAAUUGUUCAUUGAAAACAACACUUUUUCUGUUGUCAAGGAAGGACACAAGCCUGAAAUUGAUUAA